AUGGAGGCCAUUUCAAAGGAGCUGCAGGAAAGAGUCGCAUUUGCCAAGCAUUACAUUGAGGCUAGGUACGCCUUGAAGAGGAGGCAGGAGGAGGAGGCUGAGUAGCACUGGCGGUACUUCGAAGGCCGUAUGGAUGCGCUUUAGCUGGGUGAGUCUGUCCGGGAGCAGCUCAGGGGCGAGGUCAGGCGUAAGCAGGCGCAGUACAGGCGACAGAGGCGGGUCAAGAUGACUCCUGAUGAUUUUGAGCCGGUUGCGGUGAUCGGCAGGGGCGCGUUCGGGGAAGUGCGGCUGUGCCGAGAGCGAGCAACUGGCGAGAUGCUGGCGGUGAAGCGGCUGCGCAAGGAUGAAAUGCGUCUCAAGAGUCAAGUGGGCCAUGUCCGGGCCUAGCGCAAUCUCCUCGCAGGGGCAGAUAACCCAUGGAUAGUCCAGCUUCGAUAUUCCUUCCAAGAUGCAUCCGCUCUCUACCUCGCAAUGUAGUUUCUGCAAGGAGGGGAUCUAAUGGGCCUUCUCAUCCGGCGGUCGGUACUGACCCACGAGGAAGCCCGGUUCUACGCAGCGGAACUGGUUAUGGCGGUGGAGUCGGUGCACCGAGCGGAAUACAUUCAUAGGGACCUUAAGCCGGACAAUGUUCUAAUCGAUGCGGACGGACACAUCAAGCUGUCAGAUUUUGGGCUGUGCAAGCCUGCAGCCAUCGCCCUUGGAAGGGAUGAGACUUUUGCAGGCCCGAGAGACGAUCGCCCUCGGGGCAGGAAGAAUCGCAGGCAGCUUGCGUAUUCCCAUGUGGGCACACCGGACUACAUUGCCCCCUAGAUGCUUGGCAGCCAGGGCUACAACGAGACUGUCGACUGGUGGUCGGUUGGUGUGAUCCUUUACGAGAUGCUGGUGGGAGAGGCUCCGUUCUGCUCUGACUCGCCGGCCGAGACCUACGCGAAGAUUGAGAAUUGGCCUCGGUUCUUGCACUUUCCUGAGGAUGUCAUGGUGAGUCGAUAAGCAAAGUCACUAAUCCUUGGGCUGAUCACCGACCAGGACACCCGACUUGGCCUGUAAGACAUCAAAAUUCAUCCGUUCUUUGCGGGAGUGGAUUGGUCAAACUUAAGAACUUCAAAAGCACCUUUCAUCCCUGAAGUGGCCAGCCCUACCGACGUCUCGCAUUUCGAUCCCUUUGAGGAAGAAGAGGAGAAGAAGCAUGAAGGUAUGUUCGGCCAUAUUUUGAGGAAGGAAAACAUCGCCCCUAAUAUAAACAUUGAUCGCAAAGACAAGGGCAGCAAGUCGCCCCUACUGAAGCUCCAGCCCCGGGCGGAUGACCGCCCCAAGGCUAAACUAGCAACCCCCAACUUCCGGGCCCUGCUCAACUCGCUAUCAACCAACGAAACUCCCAAGCGGGCGAGGCUGGGUGCCAAGACGGCCGAGAGGGAGGCCAGGCUGCGCCAGGAGCUGGCUGUGUUUGAAGCCCACAUCAGGAGGGAGAACGAUCUGCUGGCCAGCAAGCGUGCUGAGAUCAACGCACGGGACCAUGAGCUAAAAUCUGAAAUCACGCGGCACUGGCAAGCCUUCAAGCAGAUUCUAUCGCAGGUCGCCCCAUCAGACGAAUCCCUCCUCCAGCAAAAGGCACACUACGCCGACAAACUCCGAAAAGCCGCCGAGGCGCAACUCUAG